AUGGAGACAAAAAAAGAUGAUCUAGAGCAAGACACUAUAUUAGAUGUGAAGUUUAUCAAAGGCAGUGAACCAAUUCUAAUAGAAGACAGUAAAGAGGACAAGGGAAAACAGAACAACGACUAUCCACCUGGAUACAACAAAGUGUUCGAGUACAUCUAUCCGCCAGAGGAAUGGACGGAAGAUGGUAAGAAGUGGCGGCGAGUAGCAUCCACGGAGCCAGCGGACCGGCAUCAAAUGACAGCUCUAGCCGAAGACUUAAAAUUCAACUUAUCUUACUGGCAUGCCAGAAUGUACGGAGUGUGUCCAGUCAGAAGACAAUUGUAUAAGCAGUGUUUCAAUGAACUGAUACGACAAGUUUGCGUAAAUAGCAUUGAUCGAGGUGAAUUAUUAAUCAAAAUUCGAAACGAAUACAAUUCAAGUAUAAUUGCUCAUAAACAUUUAUUUGAGAGCGGUUUAAUGUUUAGAAUUAAACAUACAUCAUUGAAUGAUAAUAAAGGUGGCUUGACAGAAAAGGAUAUACAUGAUAUAGAAGACCAACAUGUUUUGUUAAAAAAAAAAUUGAAUGAGGCAAACAUUAAAUAUAAUAGAUUAAAAAUCGAUUUGACAAAGGAAUUAAAUCAUUUGAAAGAUGUUAAUCAACAUGAGUUAAAUUUUUUCAAUAAGAACCAUAAAUCAUUAAAAGCUCAACUCGAUAUAGUACUUUCAAUGAAUACAUAA